UUCUUCUUCUUCUUCUUCUUCUUCUUCUUCUUCAUCUCUCCCUUAUACCAAAACAAUGUCAUCUUCACUACUUUCCCUUCUUUAAGCAUAUUUAACCAAAACACUUCUCAAGUUCUUGCACCAGAAUCUUUGCUUCGUGGGUCUAUUGCAACAUAUUUCCCCAGUAUAGGCAGUAACAACAUCAUUGGCCAUGCUAAAGUUGGCGAUGUAUGGAAGAAGAAGAAGAAGAAGAAGAAUGGUUUGGAGGGGAUCGAAGCAGAUUUAGCAAGUGCAAGGUUGGCGAUAAGAGAAGCGGUUCGUAGAAAGAAUUAUACUUCUGAAAAGGAGGAGAAUUUCAUUCCUAGAGGAAGCAUAUAUAGAAAUUCUUAUGCAUUUCAUCAGAGCCAUAUAGAGAUGAUGAAGAGACUGAAGAUAUGGGUCUACAUGGAAGGAGAAAGACCCAUGGUUCACAGUGGGCCCAUGAAAAACAUCUAUGCCAUCGAGGGCCAGUUCAUAGACGAAAUGGAGAGUGGAGAGAGCCCAUUCAUAGCCCGCCACGCUGAUGAGGCUCAUGUAUUCUUCCUGCCAGUUAGUGUGGCACACAUUGUUGAGUACAUUUACUUGCCUAUCACCUCCUAUGAUCGUGAUAAAUUGAUUAGGGUCUUCAAGGAUUAUGUUAAGGUUGUAGCAGACAAGUACCCUUUUUGGAAUAGAAGCAGCGGUUCUGACCAUUUUAUGCUCUCCUGCCAUGAUUGGGCACCAGAAAUCUCACAACACGACCCAGAGUUAUACAAGAAUCUCAUAAAAGUAAUAUGCAAUGCCAACACUUCUGAAGGAUUCCUACCCACUAGAGAUGUGACAUUGCCAGAACUAAACAUUCCUCCAGGAGGCUUCGACCAUGUUCAUCAUUGCUUACCCUCUCAUAAACGCAGAAUCCUCGCAUUUUUCGCCGGCGGGGCGCACGGAUACAUACGUAAGAUCUUGCUGCAUCAUUGGAAAAACAAAGAUGAUGAAGUACAGGUACAUGAGUACUUAUCAAAAGAUGAAGAUUACAGAAAAUUAAUGGGACAAAGCAAGUUUUGCUUGUGCCCGAGUGGGUACGAAGUAGCUAGCCCUAGAAUUGUGGAGUCAAUUUAUGCAGGAUGUAUACCUGUUAUCAUUUCCGACCAUUAUAACCUGCCCUUUAGUGAUGUUCUUGACUGGAGCCAAAUUUCUGUACAAAUUCCAGUUGAGAAGAUUCCUGAAAUUAAGACAAUAUUGAAAGGUGUUUCUAAUGACAAGUACUUGAGAAUGCAAAAGAGGGUUAGGAGAGUACAAAGGCAUUUUGAGAUAAACAGACCUUCUAAGCCAUUUGAUGUGCUGCAUAUGGUGCUUCAUUCUGUAUGGCUUAGAAGGCUUGACAUUAGGCUGUGAUAUUGCUAGGCAGUAGUAGCAUUUUAUUGGCGGAUUGAUAGUUUUCUUUUCUUUUAUUUUAGCAUUGUCGAUUUCUUCAUUCAUAAAAUAUAUGUAAAAGAGGCUUGUGGGCUUUUUCUUAAUUUAAGGUUUUUAAAAUAAAUAAUUUUUAUUUUAGGAUAAAUUUAAAAGAAUUUCAAUUUUAAAAUGAUUUUAAAAUAGCCAAAGAGAUUAAAAAAAAAAAAAAGUGUCCCCCUCACAGUGAGCAUCGUUAAUGAAAUCUAAAAGGAACCUUUUUUUUUUCUUUUUCUUUUUUUAAGGGUAUUUCUUUCUUUUUCUUAUUCCUUUUCUUUCUCUGAUUUCUUUUUAUAUAUUUCCAUUAUAACAAAUUAUUUUUCUUUUCAAUAAUUUAGAGAAAAAACGAUAAUAUUUAUUAUAAAGUUAAAAUAUUUAUGUUAAUAACUCUUUCAACAAAUAAUACAUUUUUCGAUAUUUUUAAUAAAUAUGAAUACGGUUACAUAUAUUAUGUUAUUAAAAAAUGUCUAAUAUAUAUUAUUUUAUUAAUUUAAAAAUUAAUUUUACUUAACUAAU